AUGUCUACCAAAGCACCGCCAUCGCAAACCGGCGACACGGCGCCUUCGACAACUUCGACAACGUCAACUACUUCAAUCCUUGGAAACCCCGAAUCCAAUGCCCAACCUCUGCAAAAUAACCAGAUCAUGAAGGAAAAAACAGAAAGCCCUGAGUCCGACGUUGGUGAUGACCUCCCCGGUGACACUAGCCCUGGCGGCUUCACUUUGUUGAUGACCGUCGCAGCUCUAGCCAUGAGCAUGUUCCUGGUUUCAUUGGAUAUGACGAUUGUGGCAACCGCGAUUCCAAAGAUUACGGAUGAAUUUGGUGGAAUUGAGGACGAGGGAUGGUAUGGGUCCGCAUUCUUCAUCACCCUGGGGAGCUUUCAGGCAGCAUGGGGCAAGGCGUACAAGUACUUUCCUUUGAAGAUAUCAUUCUUGGUAUCCAUUUUCAUUUUUGAAGUUGGAAGCUUGAUCUGCGGCAAGUUUCCCUCUCCCAGUGUCGCACCCAGUAGUAUUGCACUGAUUGUCGGGCGGGCUAUUACUGGCGUUGGAGGCGCUGGCAUUUCCUCGGGCGCAUUUACCAUCAUCGCUCUGUCCGCUCCACCGAAACAGCGCCCUGCCUAUAUUGGAAUCCUAGGUGCCUCUUACGGAAUUGCCGCGGCUAUUGGUCCUCUAGUUGGAGGUGCCUUUACCAGCAAUGUUACUUGGCGAUGGUGUUUCUAUAUCAAUCUGCCCAUUGGUGGACUUGCAGCUGGUAUUAUUUUACUGUUCUACCGCGCCCCUCCGCCCCUGCCGUUCCUAGGUGCUCCAUUAAAGGAAAAGAUUCUUCAAAUGGAUCUGGGUGUUGUCGGCACUUUGGUUGGGUUCGCAAUACUAUUGAUUGUCUACGGCAUUGUACAAUGGCUACAGAAGGAACGUGCAGCGAUGAUCGGACGUCUUUUCCAGCGAAACGUGAUUAUCACCAUGAUCUAUAUCGACUUACUGGCAGGAUCAUUCUUCUUGCUUGUUUACUAUCUACCUAUCUAUUUCCAAGUUGUGUCUGGUGCAUCUGCUGCUCAGAGUGGAAUCAGAAAUUUGCCUUUGAUUCUUGCGCAGAGUGUUGCAACUGUGGUGUCAGGUUUGACCCUUAGCAAAUAUGCAUACCCACAGCCCUUCCUCCUAGCCGGAGCGGCACUCACAGCGAUCGGCUCAGGUUUGCUUUACACCCUUGAGGUCAAUACUGGAUCUGGCAAAUGGAUUGGAUAUCAGCUACUGGCUGGUAUUGGCAUUGGAUGGUGCUUCCAAGUUCCCGUGGUCACUGCACAAGCAUCCGUUAAGCCGGAAGACUUGCCAUCUGUGACGGCCAUGGUGUUAACUGUGCAGACAAUCGGAGGGUCGGUCUUUGUCAGCGCUGGCCAAUCAGCUAUGGUCAAUGUUUUACUCAAUGUUCUCCGUGGAGAGACUUCAACCGUCGAUGCCUCCAAAGUUGCAAUGACAGGCGCAACUGAGCUGCAUAAAGUUUUCUCGGCUGAGCAAAUGAGCUUUAUCCUCGGCGCAUAUAUGCAAGGUCUUCAGGCAGCAUUCCUGGUGGCCGUUGUCGCAUCUUGUCUGGCCACUGUGGUCUGCAUGGGGAUCCGAUGGACGAAGCUUUCGGGGGCGGUUACUGUUGCAUCAGCAGCCUGA